GGGAGAAGGGAGGUGGGAGCGACGAGGCGUUCCGGAAAAGGGAGUGCAGGGCGCGGGGGGGUGGGGCGGCGAAGGCCGGAAGGGAUAAAACCGCAGUCGCCGGCCUCGCGGGGCUCACGGCCUCGCCUCGGUAUCGCAGCGGGUCCUCUCUAUCUAGCUCCAGCCUCUCGCCUGCGCCCCACUCCCCGCGUCCCGCGUCCUAGCCGACCAUGGCCGGGCCCCUGCGCGCCCCGCUGCUCCUGCUGGCCAUCCUGGCCGUGGCCCUGGCCGUGAGCCCCGCGGCCGGCUCCAGUCCCGGCAAGCCGCCGCGCCUGGUGGGCGGCCCCAUGGACGCCAGCGUGGAGGAGGAGGGUGUGCGGCGUGCACUGGACUUUGCCGUCGGCGAGUACAACAAAGCCAGCAACGACAUGUACCACAGCCGCGCGCUGCAGGUGGUGCGCGCCCGCAAGCAGAUCGUAGCUGGGGUGAACUACUUCUUGGACGUGGAGCUGGGCCGAACCACGUGUACCAAGACCCAGCCCAACUUGGACAACUGCCCCUUCCAUGACCAGCCACAUCUGAAAAGGAAAGCAUUCUGCUCUUUCCAGAUCUACGCUGUGCCUUGGCAGGGCACAAUGACCUUGUCGAAAUCCACCUGUCAGGAUGCCUAGGGGUCUGUACCGGGCUGGCCUGUGCCUAUCACCUCUUACGCACACCUCCCACCGCCUGUAUUCCCACCCCUGGACUGGUGGCCCCAGCCUUGGGGAAGGUCUCCCCAUGUGCCUGCACCAGGAGACAGACAGAGAAGGCAGCAGGCGGCCUUUGUUGCUCAGCAAGGGGCUCUGCCCUCCCUCCUUCCUUCUUGCUUCUCAUAGCCCCGGUGUGCGGUGCAUACACCCCCACCUCCUGCAAUAAAACAGUAGCAUCGGC